AUGCGAAGUGUCUGGAGCCUAGCGGCUGCCUUGCAGCUCUUGCUCGUCGUCUCAGGCGUGCAAGCAGACGAUGUCCCAUGCUCGGUGGAUAACCCCUGCACAGAGGGCUGCUGCUCGAGUGUUUCUGAAGUCUGUGGUUAUGGGCCAGGUUACUGUGGAAGUACAUGCAUCCAGGCUGCCAGUUUGAACAGCACAUGCACGCAUCUCUCCGAGUGCAAUCCAGGUUCAUAUCCAGGAUGGGGAGAAACUUGGGCUUCUAACUACUCAACAUCGGAAUCGUGUCCGCUGAAUGUCUGCUGCAGUGAAUUUGGCUUCUGCGGAACCUCAACCGACUUCUGUGGUACUUCCACCUGGGACUCACCAUCAUGCUCCUCUAACACCACCGCGACACGUAGAAUUGGCUACUACGAAGCUUUUAACCUUGACCAUGCCUGCAACACAAUGACCGUGGAAGAGAUUCCCGUUGGAGGCUACACUCAUCUGAUUUUCUCAUUCCUAUACAUUGACCCGGAUACCUACGAGAUGGCCCCCAUGGAGUCUAAUCAGACGGAUCUGUAUGCCCGAUUCACUGCCCUUAAGGACUACGGUGUUGAAACCUGGAUCUCUAUCGGCGGAUGGGCCAUGACCGACCCAGGAGAAUAUUCUCAUGUUUUCUCCAAGCUUGCGGCAUCGACUACUGCCCAAACUAAAUUCCUUAGCUCUUUGAAAGCUUUCUUGGCGAAUUACGGUUUUGACGGUGUUGACAUUGACUGGGAAUACCCUGGUGCACCUGAUCGAUAUGGCUCAGAUGCCGACUACGAAAACUUCGUUUCGUUUUUAAAGAAUGUGCGAUCAUCACUAGGAAGUGACUACGGCCUAUCUAUCACAUUGCCCAGCUCGUACUGGUAUCUGCAAUACUUUGACAUUGUCAACCUUGAGAAGCAUUUCAACUUUAUGGCCUAUGAUAUCUACGGUACAUGGGACGCUACAAUUUCCUCCAUCGGAAGUCGAGUUUAUGCUAGCACAAACCUCACCAUGAUCGAAGCGGGGCUGAAGCUACUGUGGCAUAAUAACAUUGAGCCCAGCAAGGUUAAUCUCGGUCUUGGUCUCUACGGACGUAGUUAUACCCUUGAAGACUCCUCGUGCACAGAGCCUGGAUGUGCGUUUACUACAGGAGGAAACCCUGGCCCAUGCUCCCAGACUGAAGGUCUGCUUUCAUACGAUGAAAUCAUGGAUAUUAUUGACGACAGCUCGAGAAACCCAACUGUCUGGCUAGAUUCCGAAGCUGCCGUGAAAAUUGCUGUUUAUGACGGUGACCAAUGGGUUGCCUAUGAUGAUCCCGAAACUCUGCAAAUGAAGCUAGACUUCACCAACUCAGAGUGCAUGGGAGGCUACUGUUUUUCACCUGAAGUGUUCCAGGGCAAUAUCGCUAAAAGCCAAGCAGAAAGUAUCUCGAACUCCCCCGAUCUGUUCCCGGCUGGAGGAAGCGGCAAAGUCUAUAUUUCUCCUCAUAUCUGGGAUGAGGACUCACCCGAAGUUUCUUGCGUGGCUCCCUGUACUUUGAUUCUUCCGCCUUUGCAUAUGGAGGCCUCGCGGACUGUCACUUGGCCAGCGCUCACCACCCCGGUCCUUGUCAGCAAGGAUGGCAGCAUUGUGACAUCGACAACAACAAUCUCAAUCCCCGCAUUCGGCGUAGGAAGCAUUCCGUUCUGGCCAGUGACCAUCGCCAGCAACAAGACAUCCGGCGCUCUAGUCCCCGUCCAAAGCAUUACACCACCAUCUCUUGUUAUAGUCUUCCCAGGAAGCGUGGCCCCCUUGCCGAUUGCUACUACGAACUAUACAUCAGUUGCGGAGGACCAGGUUGCGUCUAUGAAUCAGGGUAACAGCAGUAACCCCAGUGCCUCAGGCACAGUCAUAGGCCCUGCUACAAACACUGCUUCUGCCACUUCUACGGCAGUUGUGACACCAUCCCUUAUUGCAGCCAACAUGGAGAGUGGCUGCACGAAGUUUUAUCAAAUUCAAAGCGGUGACUCUUGUUGGAGUGUUGAGAACGACAACAACAUUGAUGCUUCAGACUUCGAAGCUUGGAACCCAGACGUUGGCACUGACUGUGCCAGUGGUGUGUGGCUCGAUUAUUACUAUUGUAUCAGCCACUCUGGGAGUGCCUCUUCAUCUUCUGGGGGCUCUGGAGGUUCCUCCUCCACUAGCAGCACUGUUGUUCCCGUGUUCUACUCGACAUCACACUCCGUCACCAUUCAGCCCCAGGCAACGCACGCCACUAUCACACCUUCAAAAACAAUUCCUUCCAUCAAUUUCGAAUCCGGCAAGCCUAAAGACUCCGGGUCUAGUGAUGGUGAUUGUGAUGGAUGCGGUACUUUGGACUGCGCGAUCUUCGGCUGUGAUGGCAAGUGUGGUAUCUUUGGUUGUGAUGGAGGCUGUGGUCUAACGUGGUGUGGGGGUGGCUGUGGAUUGUCAACUUGUGGCCCUGGGUGUGGCACCACCGGAUGUGUUGUUGAAGGGGGUGGCGGUGGAGGUGGCAGCACCGGCUCUAUCGGAUUGGAGUCUGGAGAAGAUGGAGAUUGCGAGGAUAUCAAGACUGUCGACGUCUGCACUGUUUUCAUCAAAAGCUUCUCCACGUCUGGCAUGGAGUCCUCUUCCACUACAACGACGACUGCAUGCGCAUACAGCGAAGGUUGCUCUGCCACUCCGACGACCACAACAACCACCGUUAGUACAACAGGAACCUACUCGACUGAGAAAGUCAGUUUCAUGUAUACGUCCACGAGUGUCCCGGCAUCUGUCAUGUCCUCCAUUUCCAGCAGAAUUUCCAGCCAACGAAGCGUUUGGGAUGCUACACGCUGGUCAGGCUAUACUAUCACUGCCACAUCAGCAUCAUCCAGUGCCAACGCUUUGCCUACCGGUUUCCAGAUCGUCCAGGAUGUCCGCGGGGCAGCAGAUGUCCAAUUUGUAUGGUGGGCUGUCUACUACACUGGCCUAGAUCUGCCUAUUGUCCUUGACGACAGGAUGCAGCCGGGCCUGGAUGAAUGGAAUGCUAAAAAUACAGAGACCACAUUCUGUGACCAGACGUCCUGGUUCUCUAUGGAUGACUCGGGUAACCUUAUUGGUGACAGUGAUGGAGUCAAGUACACAUGCACACCAAUACCGGGCGUUAGUGCAACCGCCAUUCCACCCACCUCCACGUACACGGAGGUCGGAGAUAAUGACACUGUGUACCCCGUAUACGACUGCCUUACCCACAUCUGUACAUGA